CGCCAAAACAAUUCCUUUUCAAUGCAGCCGAUUCCCAUCAAGAUACUUGCCACAAUAGUGGCUGUGUUCGCCCCCCCGCCCUGCGUGUCGGCCUACCCCCAGUCAGUGCUGGUCUCCUACUUCGAGUAUUGGCGGAGCGAUGCCGACAUCAGCCCCCCAGCCCUGGGCCUGGAUGACGACUGCACUGUGCUGGGCAUGAUCCCCGGCAAAGACACGAUCUGCAUCGAUUUGGAUGGAUACGCCGAGGAGACGCUGGCGCUGACCUGUCUCAACUCGCCUUUGUGCUGUGUGGAGGGGCAGCCGCGCUGCGGGUGUGGGCCACGGCUGUGGCAGACGCGCGUCAGUGGUACGUAUGCAUCGACUCGACGUACUUACGGCCACACACACACGUGUCACCUCUGAAAGUGCGAAGCAGGCAGUGUGACCUCUGUGAAUGCAUCAUUGACUGCAAUGCAUGCAGUGUCGCCGGGCGGCAAUCCUGACCCAGACGAUGACGACCAGGAAGAGCAGGUAGGUGGGAGACAGCUCAGCUGAACUCAAGAGGGGGAAGGAAUGCCCUUCUGACUCACUUGGUCUGUCUGUCCGUCUGGCUGUCUGUCUGGCUGGCUGCCUGUCUGUGUGUGUGGUGCACCCAGCCGAGUUGGCACACGAACCAGAAGCAUCUGCUGAGGACGGUUUACGACCACCUGCACGACCACCCGGGGCUGCCUCAAGGCAAUCAAUACUCCCAUCCAUGACAGACAUGGAGCAAAUGAGAGACAGAGAGACAUCUGACUGUCUUGUCUGUUGGGGGGUGUGUCUGUGUUGGUUGGCAGGCAUGGACUUGUCAGAGUUCCUGCGCAACCGGCACGAGUCGUCCCACUACGGCAGCACAUUCAAUGACACUGUCUCCAUCUUCACCUCCAGAGGAGGUAGGUGUAUAUUACCCCCCCACACAACCCAACACCCUCAACUCACGCAUCUCUCUCUCUGUGCGCGUGUGUGUGUGUGCGGCAGGUCUGACUCCUCUGCUUGCGUGUUCGUUCGCCCCCUACAGGGACGUGUGUGUGCAGGGCUUCAGGGACGGGCCGGCCACGCAGCAGCACGUAUGGAUACUGCGGGCGGUGCAGGACUUCCCCUGCUACCAGGACUCAUACACCUUCGGCUUCUGACUGGGCCAUGCAUAUAUGGCAUAUAAUGCUAGCUACUGUGGCUGGCUGGCUGCAUCAAUGCCAUUGCAAUGUGUGUGUGGACGAAUGAAUGAUGGACAUUUGAAUUGAACGGGUCGAUGUAUAGG